UUUGCUCCUCACUCAGCUCCUCUACCGUUUUGAGUUUUUCCAUCAUUUCUCUUUCUUUUAUUUAUUGUUUCUGUUAUUAUUGUUAUUAUUAUUUCUUAAUGAAAACGUGUUUGGAAGGAGGGCUGAAUGUUAUGCUUUCAAGUAUUUAAAUGAAUUGGCGUCUAAAUUUGAUUGGUUUUGUUUUCUCCUUGAAUAGGCUUUGUAUGGCAUGCUUAUGUACUAAAUAUGUAAUUUGAUUGGUUGUUUAUAUUUUUCAAGAAAUGUCAGAUGGCCAACCUGAAUUCGAUCAACAUGCCUCUACAGCUUAUAGUGCAAACAAACUUGUUGACUUGGAAAAUAUUAUUCAUAAAGAUGAUGCAAUGGAUGAAAUGAAAAAAAUGGGUCCAGAACAAUCUUGGGAUGACCCAAACAAGAGGAAGAGAUCUGAGGUGUGGACUGAAUUUGAUGUCAUAAUAGUAAAUUGCAACACAAAGGCAAAAUGCAAUUAUUGUAGUGCUAAAUUAGCAUGGAAGAAGGGGGGUGCCACAACUCAUCUUAAAAGAUAUUUAAACGCUUGCAUGCCUCGAAAACUUGCUAAGUCUAGCGAAGACAAAGAGUUAAAACAAAGCUUAUUAUCGUUUGCGGUUACUCAAGGUCAUGCAAUACUAGCAACUUACAAGUAUGAUAAAGACAAGAUAAGAGAGAUUCUUGCAAAGAUGUUUAUAGUGCAUGAGUAUCCUUUUAGGAUGGUGGAACAUCAGUUCUUUGCUUUAUUCUGCAAAGCUCUUAACCCAAAAUUUGAGCUAAUAAAGCGGGUUACUUUGAGGAAUGACUGCAUGAAAAUGUUUGCAAUUGAGAAACAAAAGUUGAGGUCAAUGUUAAGAAAUGUUGAUAGAAUUAGCUUAACGACUUAUCUAUGGACUUCAAAUGAAAACAAUUGGGUACAUUUGCCUCACUGGACAUUUCUUAGAUUCUGAAUGGAAGUUGCAAAAGAGAAUUUUAAAUUUUUGUAGCUUGGCACCUCCCCACACUGGAAUUACUAUUGCUGAUUGUAUUCUUCAGUAUCUAACUAAAUGGGGGAUUGAAGAUAAGGUUUCCACUAUUACGUUAGACAAUGCAUCUUCGAAUGACACAACAGUCAAGGUCUUGAAGAAAAAUUUUGCAAUCAAAGGAAAGCUUUACUUCAAUGGAAAAAUAUUUCAUGUUCGCUGUUGUGCACAUGUUUUGAACCUAAUGGUACAAGAUGGUUUAGCAGAAAUACGGGAUGUAAUUGAGAAUAUCCGCGAAAGUGUGAAAUAUCUGAAGAUGUCUCCUUCACGACUUCAUAAGUUUAAUGAAAUUGUUAAACAGUUGAAGUUGUCAACCUCUAAAAUUCUUCAACUUGAUGUGCCUACUCGAUGGAACUCAACAUAUGAAAUGCUAGAGUCGGCAUUGGAGUUCAAACCGGUGAUUCCAAUGUACAAGGAAAGAGACUCCAACUAUAAAUGGUUACCAUCCGAGGAGGACUGGAUACGAGCUACAGAAGUUUCAAAAUUUUUGAAAGUUUUUAAUGAAGCCACAGAAGUGUUCUGAGGACGCCAAUAUCCAACUUCAAAUUUGUUCCUUAAAGAAAUUUGGAGAGUGAAGAAGAAAUUAAAUGAUAUGUCCUUCGAUACUAGAGAUUUUGUGAUGCGCAUGACUCGAAGAAUGAAUGAAAAACUUGAGAAGUAUUAGGGAGACUGUAACUUACUAAUGGCAAUUGGAGCAGUUUUGGAUCCUCGCUAUAAAAUGCAGCUCAUUAUAUUUUGUUUUCCAAAAAUUUAUGGUGUGGAUGUUUUUCAACACCAUAUUGAUGAUGUUCGUGAAGCUUUAGAUAUGCUCUACAAUGAAUAUGUAUCUUCAGAUGGACAAAUAAAUGUUAGUGCUAGCGAUAUCCCUAGUACCUCCUUCAAACUGAAAAGAAAAAGGACUAAUAAUGACUUUGAUAUGUGGGCUGAACAACAUAGGAAUGUUAUUCCUUCAAACAAAACUGAGUUGGACAUAUAUCUAGAAGAAGAUAUUUAUAAGCCUAGUGAAGAAGACUAUGACAAGUUUGAUGCUUUGAACUGGUGGAAAGCUAACACCCUAAAAUUUCGCUAUCUAUCAAAGAUGGUUCGGGACAUACUAUCCAUUCCUAUUACUACUGUUGCUUCAGAGGCUGCAUUUAGUGCUGGAGGUAGAGUGCUUGAUCAAUAUCGUAGCUCUUUGAAGCCUGCGACUGUACAAGCUUUGAUUUGUACUGGAGAUUGGUUGCGUAAUGAGCUUGGAUUGGAGCAGUCAUCAAAUGUUGAUGAAGAGUUUAUGCAAUGGAACACAGAGUCUACAGAGACUGGUCUAAACUAGACUACUUGAGAACUUGAGAUUUAUUAUGUUUAUUGUGUUUCUUGAACUCUUUUGUAGAACUUGAUUUGUAUGGGAUGUUUUUUUAGUUUGUUGAGGUUUCACUUAGACCAUUUAAAUUCUCUUUGAUUGUCAUUGCCUUUGUGCUUGGAUGUGGUUAAUUCUUUUCUUUUUUAUCUGUGACAGGGCUUGCUGUCAUUUUCUUUUUUUGUCUGUGACCAUUUCAACAAUUGCCAGCCCGCUUGAUGGAUCAACAGAAACAAGUUAGUCAUGUUCAUGGUUCUACAUCCUUUAGUUCUGGGUCGUCAUUUUAUGGUACAAGUGGACGUCCAUAUUACAAUGCUGAAGACGAAGUUAGUGGUGCAGAUAAAGAUCAUAUGAUUUCUUCGCAAAGAAAUUUUGGUCCAAGUUCAUCCACCUAUGAGCAGGAGGUACCUUAUUGUUAUUCUACUCAAGGUAAUGCUUCAUUUAGCAUUUGGCUUUGCGCAUGAAUGAUAUCCCAAGUGCUGCUGCCAUCUACGUUGGUCAUUUGUCUUUGUUUUUAUUUGACAAUUUCAUGCGAACAAUAUCAUUUACAGUUGUAUUAUUGUACUAAUAUUGGAUGCAGAGACAGAUGCUGUAAUUUAUCUUUUUCUGCAGAGACAGAUGCUGUAAUUUAUGUGAAACUGAACAGCCGAAUUUGUUCCCUACUUUUGAUGCAUAAUCUGGUGAUUAUUUUCCAAAAUUAUAAGAUCAAAGGAAAGGCAUCAUGAAUUUAAAAAAUCACAUGUAAUUGCUGGAAUUGGGUUUUAAAUUUUAAAGAUCUUUUUCAAUUUCAGGAGCUAGGCCUAUUAGCUGGAACACCGAUUGGAACUUCACUUAUUUAGCAAUGGUGCCUGAAUACUGGCUCACUGAAGGUGGUAUGAAACUUACUGAUAUCAAUCAUCAUUACUCACUUUGGUAUGAAUAAAUUUCGUUUCUUUCUUUCUUUCUUUCUUGUUUUUCGUUCCAUGUUGUAUGAAACUUACUGAUAUCAAUUCUAACAGUGUAUUAUGUUAGUUUUUGCCCUGUUGAUGUAUUUUGAAGGAGAGUCAAGACCAAGCUACAGCUGAAAUAUCACUGCUCUGAUGUCCAUUGAAAGUCCACUUGUACUGCAACCGAAUUUUGCUGAAUGUUGAGUAUAAUGCUGAGCUGAAUGCCUGAAUGUUACUUUACUGUCAGUGGCGAUAGGUUAUGCUGAUGAGAUGAUGCCUAGAACUUUUUGUGCUUUGAGCUAAUAUGUUAUAAUGUUAAAAGCGAUAAACUGAUGCAACUGUGUAGUUGUUUUACACUAUCUUUAAGAUGGGACUUGGAAGGUGAGUUUAUUGAAGAAGCAGACAUGGAUGUCUUGCCUUCUAUAUGGCCUGAUGAUAUUGGGAAUGAAGCCAGGAAGCAGUUUAACAUGGAAAGACCUGGUGUGAAUCAGGAUAUGCUGGGGGAUGUUACGAUCAAGGACGACCCUUCUGUUGUGGAUUUGAAACACUGGAAACACGAUAAUGCUGAGAAGGGUUCUUCUCAGCUGGCAUACCUUGUAAAACACUGGAAACAUAAGCACAAUAAUGCUGUUCGGCUUCUCAAUGAAUAUAAACACUGCCCGAGCCCGAGCUUGUUUGAGCUCGUAAUUGAAACGAGCUUU